AUGACCGACACCUCUACAGAGCACCCGUUUCUCACCGCCUGCCGCCGCGGCAAGACCCCUUACACACCGGUAUGGCUCAUGCGGCAGGCGGGACGCUACAUGCAGCAUUACCGCGACGUGAGGGCCAAGGUCAGCUUUCUCGAUCUGUGCAAGACGCCGGAUCUGGUGGCCGAGGUCACCGUGACACCGGUGGAGCGCCUCAACGUGGACGCCGCCAUCCUCUUCGCCGACAUCCUGCUCCUGCUGGAGCCCAUGGGGGUAGGCCUCGAGUACGCCACCGGCGGUCCGGUGAUUCAACGGCCGGUUAGGACGGGCGGAGACAUCGACGCGCUGCGCGAUCCGGUGCCGGAAGAGUCCCUGUCGUACGUAUACGCGGCCGUCCGCAGCACCCGCGCGGCGCUGAACGGACGCGUGCCGCUGAUCGGCUUCUGCGGCGCCCCUUUCACGCUGGCGUCCUACCUGAUCGAGGGCGGCGCCUCGCGCAACUACAUCCACACCAAGCGGCUGUACCACACCGACCCCGGCGCCUGGAACGCGCUCAUGGAACGGCUGGUGGCGUCCACCCUUUCCUAUGUCAACGCGCAGAUCGACGCCGGCAUCGACGCCUUGCAGGUGUUCGAUAGCUGGGUGGGCUGUCUGGCGCCCGACGACUAUCGCGAGUACGUGCUGCCGCACAUGCGCCGGCUGAUGGCGGGGGUGACACCCGGCGUUCCGGUCAUCCACUUCGGCACCGGCACCUGCGGUCUGCUGGAGCUGAUGCGGGAGGCGGGCAGCGACGUGAUGGGAGUGGACUGGCGCGUGGACCUCGACGAGGCCUGGAGCCGCGUGGGCCACGACAUGGCGAUCCAGGGCAACCUCGACCCCGUGGCCCUGUUCGCGCCGCCAGCGGAGAUCCGCCGGCGGGUCGGCGACAUCCUCCGGCGGGUGCAAGGCCGCCCGGGCCACAUCUUCAACCUCGGCCACGGCAUCCUCCCGGAAACCCCCGUGGACCACGUCAGAGCCAUGGUGGACGCGGUCCACGAGCUGAGUGCAUAG